AUGGCAGGCUCCACAGGCUCUUUUAUAGGCGGCGGUAUAUUGGUAUUAUUACUAGCUGGAUGGCUCGGACAAAAAUACGGUCUACCUCCGCCACCACCGAAAAUCGCCGGUAUCGAUUUAGGCACCACUUAUUCGUCAAUUGGCAUUUAUCACGCUGUAACGGGGGAAACUAUUAUUCUAGCUGAUGACUUGGGCAAGAAAUCGAUUCCCAGUGUUGUAGCAUUUUUACCAAAUGGUACAGUUAUCGUUGGAUCGCGAGCCGUGGAGCAGCAAGAGCAUAAUCCGAAACGCACGAUUUACGAUGCAAAACGGUUUAUUGGAAGGAAUUUCGAGAGGGAUAAUAAAGAUUUUUUGGCUGACCAAAAGCGAUAUCCAUUCAAAAUCACCUUGGAUCCAAAUGGCCGCGCGUUUUUCGAAAUUCCACUAGACGAAGGAACGAAAUAUGUGUACCCUGAAGAAAUUGGCGCUAUAAUUAUCAAUUAUUUAAAGUCCGCAGCUGCCAAACACUUAGGAGCAGUUCUGGGUCAAGUAGUGAUCUCGUGUCCGGCGGAAUUCAAUGAAAAACAAAGGAAUUUUACGGGAAUCGCAGCGGAAAUCGCUGAAAUGGAAGUGCGGAGAGUGAUAUCGGAGCCGACGGCUGCCGCGUUGGCAUACGGAUUGCAUAAGAAGCAGGGGGUGGAGAAUGUGGUUGUUGUAGAUUUAGGCGGCGGUACCCUCGACGUCUCUGUUCUCUGGCUCCAAGGAGGCGUCUUUGUGACCCAAGCGAUGGCCGGGAACAAUCGUCUUGGCGGCCAGGACUUCAAUGAAAGAGUUCAAAAACAUUUAAUCGAAAAAAUUUCUGAAAAAUUCGAAAAAACCAUCGACGAUAAAGAGGAUAUUCAACAGAUUCGACUGGAAGUGGAAAAGGGGAAAAUUAGAUUAACAAAUGUUCCAUCGACGACGAUUUCAUUGAAUCUGAAGACAGUUGGAAAGUGGAGUUAUGAAUUGACACGAGAAGAAUUCGAAAAGUUGAAUGAGGAUUUGCUGAAAUCCAUUGAAUUGCCGAUUGCAGCAGCGUUGGAGGAUGCCAAGAAAUCCGCCAACUACGGUGUGGACCCAGAGCUCGCCGUGGUGACUGGGGCUUCUGUCCAAGCGGGAGUGAUCGGUGGCGGUUGGCCACUUCAAGUGGCAGCGAUGGAACUUCCAGCGAAACGAAGGAAACGACACUUUUUCACGGAGCAACAGAAGGAGAAUGAGCAAGAUCGAGCAGCUGCAACAGAGCUAUAA